AUGCAGAUAUUCGUGAAAACUCUGUCAGGCAAAACCAUAACCGUCGAGGCUGGUUUUUCCGACUCCCUCGACUAUGUCAAGAAUGAGAUUCACCUCAAGGAAGGAAUUCCACCAAAUCAACAACGUUUGAUUUUCGCCGGAAAGCAACUCGAAGAUGGACACACUCUCUCUGACUAUAACAUUGUCAAAGAGUCUACUUUGCAUUUGGUUUUGAGGCUUAGGGGUGGCAUUUUUGAACCUUCCCUCAAGGCAUUGGCUCAGGAAUACAAACAGAAGAAAUUGAUUUGUCGCAAAUGCUAUGCUCGUUUGCACCCUCGUGCUAUCAACUGCAGGAAGAAAAAAUGUGGUCAUAGCACCGAUUUGAGGCCGAAGUCGAAGAAGGGCAAGUACCUAUGA